AUGUCAAACAACAACAACAAUUCAGAAUGCAAGUGCUCUAAAUACUCUUCCAAUAGCAUGAGAUUUGUUUUGGUGUCUACCCAAACACUCAGAAGACAUGCACAACAGGAUAUCAUGAGACUAUAUCAGUCAGGAUCUUCUUCCUCAGUUAUAGAAGUAAUGUCGAAUGACAAUGACAUAGAAAUUGACUUUGAAGACAAUGUUGAUGCCGAAGAUCAAGUUGAAGAUAUGCAUAAUGAGGGUGUCAUUGAAGCAACCAUUUUGGAUAUUUCUGACGAUGAAUCUGAUGAUAUUAGAGAGCACUUUUCUUCAUCCAAUAUGCCAGUCAAUCCUACUCAUGCUUUCAUUGCUUCUUUUGCUGCCUUCUUCAUAUCCAAAUAUGUUGUCAAUUCUGGUGGUGCUGUUCUGUUAAAGUUUCUUAACGAAGUAUUGGCACACUUUGGACAGUCUUUCCGUCUUCCCCUCAGUAUAAACGGUGUCAACUCUAUGACCGGUCUCAGCAACUCCGAUGUUGUUUCAGAGUGCUGUAAUUUCGAGAGACUCUCUGGUAGAGAAUGUGGAAACGCUCUUUUCUUUGCAACAUCAAGAGCUUUGACUAUCCCCAAAAAGAUCUACAUGUAUAACUCCAUAAUCAAAACAUUGUCUAUCCUUUUUUGCCACCCUGGAUUCGAAGACACCAUCAACCAUUGGAGAAUCAGAGUGCAAGUUCCAGGCUUGAUGUUUGACAUUUACGAUGGUACAAAGUAG